GCAUUGGGCCUGCCAGAUUCCUUUCAUGAAAUCAAGGGGACUGGUGUUGAGAUUGAAAAAGAGGACUUAAAUAGGGCAGAGGGGAAGGAUCUAUUGCCUCCACAAGAAGAUAUUCUGAUAUGUCCUUUGAUUCAAGCAAGGGGAGAUCAGGGGCAAUGCAGGAAAUGGAUCGUUCAAAGCAGUUAGUUGGAAUUCUUGAAAAGACUAGCACAAAGGCGGCAGCUGCUGAAGAAGACCAAAACGAAAAUCCAGGUGAUCUAUCUGUCUCUGAGUGUGCCAUCAAUGCUGCUUCCAAUGGUCUUUCAACUUCUUUGGCUUCAGCUGAGUUAGCUGGAAUGGGUUCCGAGCUUAGAGAUCACCAAAUAGAAGGUAUUGUUGCAGAUUCAUCUAAUUAUGUGUCUGACAGUUUUGGUAAUAGUCAGAUAGAAGUUCCAGAUGAUUCAGAGGAUAGCAGACUUGCAGAUGGGCAUAACGAACAAUAUUUUCCUGGCAGCAUUGUUCUAUCUGAGGGUGGGAGUCUUGAGGACUCGCUUAAAAUAGAUAGGCUGAGUUCACCUGCAGAGUUUGUCCCUGAUGUAGAGUUAGGCACUGGUUGUUUGGUUGACAGACUGAAAGAAGAAUUAUACCUCUCAAAUUUUAUGAAAGAUAUUUUUCAAGUCCAACUUAGUGAACAGUCAGCUUUACUAAAGGAAUUUGAUGAUCAGCGUCAUCACCUGGUCAGUGAGAUAUCUAUUCUUAAAGCUUCACUCCAUGCAGCCCUGGAGAGCAAUGGAUGCCUUGCUGAAGAGCUUGCAGAUUGCAGGUAUAAGCUUGAGGCAGUUGAUGCCAUGAAAGAGGACCUGCAAAAUGAAGUUACUGCUGCUAAGAUACAGGCAGAUGAAUUUUCUGCUACAGUUAAUGAGUUGCAGCUGAACUUAGAAAGGUCUCAAGGUGAACUAUCUAAAUUGUUGAUAGAGUUAUCUGAGGCCAAGUGUUUAGUGGCCACUUUAGAGGAGGAGAAUCAGAAAUUAAAUGGGAUUAUUGCUUCAGAAACUGAUGAAAGGAAGAAACUGGUCGAUGACAGAGAGUCUUCUCUCCAUGAGAAUCUGAAAUUGCUGACAGAGUUAGCUGUCUGCAAGACUCUGGUGGCAGAUUUACAGGUGGAGAAUGAUAAGUUACAUGGUGAUGUUUCUUCAUUGACAGAUGAAAAGAAGAAACCCGUGGAGGAUAAGGAGUCUUGUCUCCAUGAGCUUGAGGUGUUAUCUUCGGAAUUAGGUGAAUCAAAGACUUUGGUGGCAGUUCAAGGGAUGGAAAAUUCCUACUUAAAGGAAACUGUUGCUUUAAUGACAGGGGAGAAAAAGAGGCUGGAAGAGGAAAAGGAGUCUCUAACUCGUGAGAAUAGGGAAGUAUAUAAAGAAUUGGACGCCUGUAAGGUCUUGAUGGUUGCCUUACAAGCUGAUAAUGCAAACUUAAGUGGGACCCUUUCGUUAGUAACUGAAGAGAAGAAAAAGCUUGAGGAGGAGGAGGAGUAUAUUGUUCAUGAGAACAACAGACUUUCAUCUGAGCUUCUGUCCUCCAGAGCAGUUAGCUAUCCACACCUGGACCUGCUUAUUG